AUGCCAUCUGCACUAUCGCCAAUCGAGACUACCUCGGCCAUCACGAGUUUCUCAUCAAUCCCUGCGAAAUCCCCGGACGCACCAAAGGUCGUCGCCCCUUCAACCAAGAGAAUCACCCGCCCAAAGGAGCCAAUUCCCCAAAUCCUCAUUAAUGAAGCUAAGGCAACUAAGUAUGAGCCGUUCGAUCCCAAGAAGCACCUAAACUACCAGCCACCGUCAAAGAUCUACUCAAUGAAGGAGAUCGGCCUCGAUGGCCACGGAAUCGCACCCACGGCAGUCUGUGAACCAUUCCCCUUGUUCACCGAGGAGGCUAUCAAGCAAAUGAGAGCCGAGGCGUUCAGUGAUGAAUGCCUCAAGGACUGCCGAUACCAGUCUUCCUUCAUCAAGAACAUGAUUCGCGGGAUGGGCCAUGACCGAGCCCCGUUCAUCUACGACGCCUGGAAGUCCCCCGAGGUCCUCGCCAAAAUCGCUGAGAUUGCAGGCGUCGAGCUUAUCCCCGCUGUUGACGUCGAUAUCGGCAAUGUCAACGUUUCCAUCAAUGACGAGAACGAAAACAGCGUCCAGAACUGGAGGUCAUCUGACGACGACAAGCUCUCUGCCGUUGCAUGGCAUUAUGACAGCUAUCCCUUCGUCGUCGUGACCAUGCUUUCCGACUGCUCUGACAUGGUCGGGGGCGAAACAGCGCUCAGGCUCCAGGAUGGAACAAUCAGAAAGGUCCGCGGACCGGCAAUGGGCACUGCUGUCGUCAUGCAAGGGCGCUACAUCGAGCACCAGGCCCUGAAGGCCUCUGGGGGUCGCGAGCGCAUCUCCAUGGUUACCUCUUUCCGCGCGAAGUCCCCUUUCAUCAAGGACGAGACCACACUAGCAGGCGUCCGCACUACCAGUGUUCUAUCGGACCUGUACACUCAGUUCACUGAUUAUCGACUGGAGAUUUUGGAGGAGCGAAUUCGGGCCAAGAGGAAGGAAGAACGUGGGCGGGAGGUCGCCCGCCGCCCUUUCAAUAUUCCGGAAAUGAGGUCUUUCCUGGAAGAUCAGAUCAAGCUUCUGCAGGGGACUCUUGAUGAGGUAUACGCGCUUGAUGAUUGA